UACUACUGUCACCUGUCUGCCGUGUUUGCAAAUUGUCAAGGUUUUUUACUUCUCCCUUAUUUUUUCUUUUCCUUUAUUUGAAUUUUAUAUUUAUUUUGAAGAUAAAUAUUUUUGACUAAUCUGCUUGAAUUAACCAAGUCAAAUUUAUCAAACGGCAUCUACAAAGAACCGAUACAGUGUUACCCAGUGGCCAGCAAAGAUUAAUGUCAAGGAAUGCCCUCGACGAUGCGGCCCAAGGGCUCCAGCGGUUCAAGCAGGUCCACCCCAGUGACUCCUAUGUCAGAGAGACAGCAAAUGGCCUUGCUGUUGCAAAUGACCUCAGGUGGGGAUGCAGGAUCCCGCAGCCCUAGCUCCAGCAGCUCUCGCUCUAGAGAACGCAAUGAACGAGGUUGGACUCCUCUGCACGAGGCAUGCAACAGAGGCCGCUACGAAGUGGCAGUUCGGUUAGUGAACGCCGGUGCAAACGUCAACGCGCGUGGCCUUGACGAUGAUACGCCCCUCCACGAUGCUGCGGCCAAUGGACAUAUCGGAUUGGCCAGGAUGCUGGUCGAGUAUGGGGCCGACCUCAAUGCCUACAACUCCAAGGGGCAGACUCCAUUGGAUGUCGCGGCUCCUUCUGUCAAGCCAUAUUUGGUUGAUCUCAGCCUGCCUCUGCCAGAAGGUACAUCCGGGAACCGAAUUCCGCCACGCUCGAGGGAUGACAAAAAAGGCACUAGUGCAGAUACCAGCGGCACUAACAAACAAAAAGAAGAAACAAUGGAUGUGAAAAGUUCUGCCGCCGAUGAUGUUUACGAAUUUAAAUCGGAUGCUGCAUCUGGUAAUACUUCUCCAGACUUGAAGCAGUCGGGAGCUGCUGGUGGAUCUGCAACUGAAGCUGAAGCAGGCAGUGCUGAUUCUUCUGUUGGAACUACUGCCACUCAGGGUGGCGAUGAUUCGACCAAUCAAAGCGGCACGACAAAAAGGACGUUUGCAGAAAUAAGUGGAGACAACAAUGAGGAGUUAAGUGGCACCGCAGGUCAAAAUACUCCAGCUCCAUCUAGUUCCGGGAAUGACGAGGAGUCCAAGAGGAAGAAACGUAAAGAUGAAACUGCAAAAGAAGGAAAAUCUGGAACCCAACGUAGUACAGGUCAAGGUAAAGGUCAAAAUAGCAAGCAGUCAUCUGCUGCUCAAAAUAAGUCGGGAUCGUCGGGUUCGUUGAAAAGUAAUGCUGAUAAGAAGAGUCCGUGUUCUAGUCCAAAACCGGUAUCAGAUGCAGAAACCGAGGAUGGAAAAACUGAUCUCAAGGUGCCUCCAUUGAAAAUUGUAAUUCCUCAAACUACGAGCAGUGAACAAGAAGGCACAACGGGUCGCAAUAGCAAGAGCAGCUCACAAAGGUCGCAGCAUGCGUUGCCGUACGUUGUUGCCAGUUCUGGAGGAGGUAAUGGUGACUCAAGCGAUAAGGACCAAUCAGCAACGUUUACAUCCGAGGGUGCCACCACCGGUGCUUCGAAAAGCAAUGAGGAAAAGAAAGAAGCUUCGGGCACUUCAGACGAGCCUCAAUCCCACACGGAAACGGAUCCCCAACAACCAUCGACCACCUCUACAACAUCCACAGCUUCCACAACGACGUCAUCCACGUCAACUUCCGCCUCGACCUCUGUGUCGACGACGUCCCCCGCCACCACUUCCGCAACGACAUCCUCUUCAUCAGCGUCCGCCCCCGCAGCUGCCCCCGUCGAGUUGCAUCCGCGCAAGCGCAAAAUGAAACAGAACAAAGAGCAGGCGAACGCUGCAGCGACUGGAAGCGGGAGUGCCGCAGGGAGUGCUUCGCAAGCCGAGCAACCUGAACCGCCUCAAGAGGUGCAGAUACAUCCGCACGACCAACCGAUCACGAAUUGCUAUCAGCUGUUUUUGAACAUUAGGAAGCAGAUUGCGAAGAGGAGACGUGGAUUGUUCCCUGUUCAACCAAAACCUCCGCAAGGUUUCAAAGACUACCUCAUGAACCGUUGUACGUACGUAUUAGCUGGUUCGCGCCCCACUACUCCAAACAUCAAUUAUCCACAAAAUUUGCCCCCACCAAUAAAGGAUCUCUUUACCGAGCAAGAAAAAGAGCGGUAUAGGUUGAGGACACAAGUAAGUUCUUCUGCAAUCAGUCACAAUUGGUUCUUUCCAACAAUCAAUGUCUGAUAGAAUCGAACGGUCAUUUCAGCGCGUAGUCAGGCAACAUCAUUGCAUUAAUAUUUAUGGGUGAGUGUAUUUGACAGUCUCUGAAAAGUUUCAAACGAAUGUUGUAAGGUUCCGAGGGGGCAAAAUGAUGGUGACAUUGACAAUGACCUUGACCACGACCUUUCAGGUCAUUUUAAGGUCAAGUGUAAAUAUUUAUAUACAGGAACCCCCUAUUUUACAUACGAAUUGAAAAGAGGUGGACAUUUUUAAUAUGAAUGUGACCAUUAGCAUGGCUUUGACUAUUUCCUACAAGGCUAUUUCAAGGUCUAAUCAAGACGUUGUAAAUAAUUUGCUCUAGCAAAAAUGUUCGACAGCACAGUUAUGAGGUCUAUGGGAAACAUCCAAAUGUGAAAUGUGACCUCGACCAGGAUCUUCAAGGUAAAGCAAAAAUUUUCAAAGGGAACCUCUCAUUUUCACACUGUUAAUAGAAAAAGCAGAGAAUUUUACGUGCUAUUGUGACCUUCAAUUUCCCGCUUUUUCUAUUUCCAGUAUAAAAUGAGAUUUUUUUUUGACAUUUUGACUUUACCUUGAAGGUCAUAAUCAAGGUCACAUUUCGGUGAUCCUGGCAACUGUGCUGUCGGAACAUUUUCACUAGGGGAAAUUGUUUUCGAUGUCUUUAUUUGACGUUGAAAUGGCCUUGAAGGCAAUAAUCAAGGUCAUGGCCAAGGUGAUAUUCAGAAGUAAUAUUUCCUCGUACUUUCAAUUUCAAUGUUAAAAUAUUAACUUGACCGUGAAAUGAUCUUAAAGGUGGUGAUCAAGGUCACCCAUAAUUUUGGCCCCUUGAAAGCCUACAAGUUUUGUUUAACACUUUUUCUAGAAUGCGUAAUUUUCAACAUAUUUAGUCGAGAUUGAAAUGGGACACCCUGUAUAACAAAUUGAUCUCAAAAGUUUACUUCAAGAUCAUAUGCAUAGAAAACAAUGUAUAAUUCAAUUUUAAAUACCAAAUAUAGAGAUUCUGUAUUACCUUUGUUAUCUUUUGAAGCACUCACUUACAUGUGUGUUAUACCUCCGAAGCAAAGAAUUUUGUUUGUCAUCCACCAUUUACAGAGGUGGGCAGUGGUAAAUGAUAUUUUUUAUAUUGGUUGUAAAUAGAAGAGUAGCAUCACGGAUGUUUAUCAGGCUGUAAUAUGCGUAUAUUUUUUCAGCAUGUUAUUGAAAAAGAAAAGUUGGUGCUCUCAGUAGAACAAGAAAUUUUGAGGGUGCAUGGUAGAGCCGCUAGAGCGUUAGCAAAUCAAUCAUUGCCGUUUUCCGUAUGCACGAUUUUGAGGGAUGAGGAGGUUUACAACCUUAUCACACCAGAACAGGAAGAAAAGGAUAGGAAUGCGAGAUCACGCUAUAAUGGUCGGUUAUUCUUGAGCUGGCUCCAAGACGUCGACGAUAAGUGGGAGAAGAUCAAAGAACACAUGUUGCUGAGGCAUCACAACGAGGCAGAGUCCUUACAUGCAGUUCAAAAAAUGGACUGGGAAUGGAAAAUGAAGGAGCUGAGCCUGUGCGAUCGCAAGUCAACUCCGAAGAUUGAAGAUACUCAUGUGCCCAUGGUUCACGUUUCAGAUGAUUUCGAUCUGUUGCCUGCUUAAACAUAAAAAUUCUGGCUUGCUAUCUCUCUUUCUCGAUGUAUAAAUCAGCUAGUUUUCCUCAUACUGUGAACUCGUUUAAAAAAAUGAAGCUAUGAUAAUUGUGAAGUUACAUUAAGUAACUACAAGUAAUGAUCUCACUACUUAAAGUUACGUAUGAAAGUAAAUUGUUAUCAGUGAUAUUACGAUUUUUUUGUACAUAUGGGGUAAUACCUGGAACAUAGGUAUUUAAUAUUUUUCUAUGUAUUAUUUAACUUUAUAUAUUAAUUUUUCAAUAAAUAGUGAUAUUUGGAAAUA